AGAAGGAGGGAAAAAAUGACCACGUUCAGGGAAGCAGUGACAUUCAAGGAUGUGGCUGUGGCCUUCACUGAGGAGGAGCUGGAGCUGCUGGAUCCUGCCCAGAGGAAGCUGUACCAAGAUGUGAUGGUGGAAAAUUUCAGGAACCUGGUCUCAGUGGGGCAUCAACCCUUCGAAAGGGAUAUAUCACAUAUAGAAAGAAGAGAGAAGCUUUGGUUGAUGAAGAUAGCAAUCCAAAGAGAGAGGAAUUCAGGAGAGAAGAAUCAAAGAGCGUUAGGGACUGUUGAAGAUGAAGGAUCACGUGAAGAGCUUUCCCGCUGGCAAAUCUGGCAACAAAUUGCAAAUGACUUAGCCAGGUGUCAAGACUCCAUAAUAAAUAGUUCUCAGUUAUGCAAACAAGAUGAUUCCCCCUGCCAGGUUGGGGCAGCUCUAUCUAUUCCGAUUUCUGAAGGUGAGAAGUAUAUACUGAAUCAUAAAGGGAAUGGUCCUAAUGAUACUCGAAAUCCAAAGUUUUCAAUUUUGAGAGCCCAGGAUUCUUGGAGGAAAACCUAUGUGACUGACUCACCAAAUGAUCAGAGUGAAUAUCGGCAAAUUUUCAUGAAAAACAAACUGUGUCGGUAUAAGCAGGGGGUUGACAGCAUCAGUUGGAUUUCACAUCACCAUGGUCUUGGAGUACAUAAAAGUGAAUUUUCUUAUAGCCACAUUGAUUAUGGGAAGUACAGAAUGAACAUUUCAACUUUUAAUCCGCAAAGUAUAAUUCACACAGGACAGAAAACCUACCAGUGUAACGAGUGUAAAGAAACAUUCAAUGAUCUCUCCAGCUUUGAUCUUCAUCAGCCAUUACACUUCGUAGAGAAAUCUCAUACAUGUAGCAAGUGUGGAAAAAGCUUUCGUUAUAGCUCAGUUCUUCAUUUUCAUCAGAGAGUUCACAUGGGGGAGAAGUGUAACAAGUGCAGUGAUUGUUAUGAGGACAUCAGUCCUAGCUCACACUUGCAAAUUCAUCAGAAAGUCCAUAUUUCAGAGAAACCACACAGAUGUGAUGAAUGUGGGAAGGGCUUCAGUCGUAAAUCAGCGCUUCAUGUUCAUGGCAAAGUCCACACAGGAGAGAAACCUUAUAAUUGUGAGGACUGUGGGAGGGCCUUCAGUCAGGCCUCUCAUCUUCAGGACCAUCAGAGAGCCCACACUGGAGAAAAACCAUUCAAAUGUGAUGCAUGUGGUAAGAGCUUCAGUCAGAAUUCACAUCUUCAGUCCCAUCACAGAGUCCAUACGGGAGAGAAAUCAUACACAUGUGCAGAGUGUGGGAAGGGCUUUAUUGGUAGCUCAAAUCUUUACAUUCAUCUGAGGGUCCACACUGGAGAAAAACCGUAUAAAUGUGAGGAAUGUGGUAAAGGCUUCAGUCGGCCUUCAAGCCUUCAGGCCCAUCAGGGGGUUCACACAAGAGAGAAGUCAUACAUAUGUAAUGUGUGUGGUAAAGGCUUCACUCUGAGUUCAAAUGUUCAAACCCAUCAGAGAGUCCACACUGGAGAGAAACCGUACAAAUGUGAGGAGUGUGGAAAGAGUUUCAGGAGGAACUCCCAUUACCAAGUUCAUUUGGUAGUCCACACAGGAGAAAAACCCUACAAAUGUGAGGUAUGUGGGAAGGGCUUCAGUCAGAGUUCUUAUCUUGAAAUCCAUCAGAAAGCGCACAAUGUAGACAAACCUUACAAGUGUGAGGGGUGCGGGCAAGGCUUCAGUAACAGUUCAAGACUUCAAAUUCACCAGCAGAUCCAUACUGGUGAGAAACCAUACAAAUGUGAAGAGUGUGGAAAGGGCUUCAGUCGUGGAGCAGAUCUUAAAAUUCAUUGUAGAAUCCACACAGGAGAGAAACCUUACAAUUGUGAGGAGUGUGGGAAGGUCUUCAGGCAGGCUUCAAAUCUUUUGGCCCACCAGAGAGUCCACAGUGGAGAAAAACCAAUCAAAUGUGAAGAGUGUGGGAAGAGCUUUGGUCGGAGUUCACAUCUUCAAGCCCAUCAGAGAGUCCACACUGGAGAAAAGCCAUAUAAAUGUGAAGAGUGUGGGAAGGGCUUCAAGUGGAGCUUGAAUCUUGACAUGCAUCAGAGGGUCCACACAGGAGAGAAACCAUAUAAGUGUGGGAAGUGUGGGAAGCACUUCAGUCAGGCCUCAAGUCUUCAACUUCAUCAGAGUGUCCACACUGGAGAGAAACCAUACAGAUGUGAUGUGUGUGGUAAAGUCUUCAGUCGAUCUUCACAACUACAGUCUCAUCAGAGAGUUCACACAGGGGAGAAACCUUACAAGUGUGAGAUAUGUGGUAAGAGCUUCAGCUGGAGAUCAAAUCUUAAAAUUCAUCACAGAAUUCACGCUGGAGAGAAAGCCUAUAGAUGUGACAGUUGUGGCCGGGGAUUCAGUAGCAGCACAGGUCUUACCAUUCAUUACAGAACUCACACUGGAGAGAAACCUUAUAAAUAUGAGGAGUGUGGCAAAUGUUUCAGUCAAAGUUCGAAUUUUCAGUGCCAUCAGAGGGUCCACACUGAAGAGAAACCAUACAAAUGUGAAGAAUGUGGUAAGGGCUUCGGUUGGAGCGUUAAUCUUCGUGUUCAUCAGAGGGUCCACAGGGGUGAGAAACCCUAUAAAUGUGAGGAGUGUGGUAAGGGCUUCACGCAGGCUGCGCAUUUUCAUAUACAUCAGAGGGGCCAUACUGGGGAGAAGCCCUACAAAUGUGAUGUCUGUGGUAAGGGCUUCAGUCACAAUUCACCAUUAAUAUGCCAUCGAAGAGUCCACACUGGAGAGAAGCCAUACAAAUGUGAGGCAUGUGGGAAAGGCUUUACCUGUAACACAGAUCUUCACAUUCAUUACAGAGUUCACACGGGGGAGAAACCCUAUAAAUGUAAGGAGUGUGGUAAGGGCUUCAGUCAGGCUUCAAAUCUUCAAGCUCAUCAGAACGUCCACACUGGGGAGAAACGAUUCAAAUGUGAUACGUGUGGUAAGGGCUUCAGUCAGUCCUCAAAACUUCAAACCCAUCAGAGAGUCCACACUGGAGAGAAACCGUACAAGUGUGAUGUAUGUGCUAAGGACUUCAGUUAUAGUUCAAAUCUUAAACUGCAUCAAGUAAUUCACACUGGAGAAAAACCAUAUAAAUGUGAGGAGUGUGAUAAGACCUUUAGUCAGGCCAUAGAUUUUCGGGUGCAUCAGAGAGUUCAUACUGGAGAGAAACCUUACAAGUGUGGUGUAUGUGGUAAAAGCUUCAGUCAGUCCUCAGGUCUCCAGUCUCAUCAGAGAGUCCACACUGGAGAGAAGCCAUAUAAAUGUGACGUCUGUGGAAAGGGCUUUAGAUACAGUUCACAAUUUAUAUACCAUCAGAGAGGCCACACCGGAGAAAAACCAUAUAAAUGUGAGGAGUGUGGGAAAGGCUUUGGUAGGAGCUUGAAUCUUCGUCAUCAUCAGAGGGUCCACACAGGAGAGAAACCUCAUAAGUGUGAGGAGUGUGGGAAGGCUUUCAGUCUCCCCUCAAAUCUUCGAGUCCAUCUGAGUGUUCAUACUAGAGAGAAACUAUUUAGAUGUGAAGAAUGUGGUAAGGGCUUCAGUCAGAACUCAUGUCUUCAAGCCCAUCAGAAAGUCCACACUGGAGAAAAACCAUACAAAUGUGAUGUAUGUGGUAAGGACUUCACUCACCGUUCACGUCUUAUAUACCAUGAGAAAGUCCACACUGGAGAGAAGCCAUAUAAAUGUAAGGUGUGUCAUAAGAGCUUCAGUAAGGCCUCAAAUCUGCAAGCCCAUCAGAGAAUCCACACUGGAGAGAAACCGUACAAAUGUGAUAUGUGUGAUAAGAACUUCAGCCGUAAUUCCCAUCUUCAGGCCCAUCAGAGAGUCCACACAGGAGAGAAACCAUACAAAUGUGAAACCUGUGGCAAGGACUUCAGUCAGAUUUCACAUCUUCAGGCGCAUCAGAGAGUUCACACAGGAGAGAAGCCAUACAAAUGUGAGACAUGUGGUAAGGGCUUUAGUCAGAGUUCACAUCUUCAGGACCAUCAGAGAGUCCACACUGGGGAGAAACCCUACAAAUGCAGUGUAUGUGGUAAGGAUUUCAGUUGGAGUUCACAUCUUCAAGCCCAUCAGAGAGUCCAUACAGGAGAGAAACCCUAUAAAUGUGAGGAAUGUGGGAAAGGCUUCAUUUGGAACUCGUAUCUUCAUGUUCAUCAGAGGAUUCACACAGGAGAAAAACCUUACGAAUGUAGCAUGUGUGGUAAGAGCUUCAGUCAGGCCUCACAUCUUCAAGCCCAUCGAAGAGUCCACACUGGAGAGAAGCCAUACAAAUGUUUUGUAUGUGGUAAGGGUUUUAGUCAGAGUUCGUGUCUUCAAGUUCAUCAAAGAGUUCAUAAUGGUGAUAAGUCGAAUACACGUGAUGAGUGUGAUAAAGGUGUUCUUCAGAGCAUAGGCUUCUCAUUUUCAUCAGAAGAUCAACACAGCAGAGGAUAUAUAUAAAAUGUUGUGUUUUAGAAAUUCAAGACUAAGCUGAGUUUUUCAUAGUCAUUUCAGUUCCAUUGGAGAAAACCUGUUUGUUGUAUGAAUAUUGCCAGUGUUUCAGGCAGAGCUCAAAAUGUCACAGUUCUAAAGAGAACAUACAGCAGAGAAACCCUAUGAGUGGUACAGUAAGGGUUUCAGUCAGAACCUUCACAUUCAACAGCUUACACAAGAGCGAGGCCUUAAAAAUGGCAAAUAAAAUCAGAACGUAGCAAUGUUGUACAUGACAAAAUCCAUGUCCGCUAGAAUGUCGGCUUCAUGAAGGCAGGAACUUUGUUUACUGCUGUAUCACCAGGACCUCAACUCAGUGCCUGACAAAUUGUAGGUGCCAUGUCACUGUUGACCUCAACGGAGAGGAAAAACCUAUUAUAAACAGCACAGAUAUCUGAGAAAUUUUUAGUGAGUUCAACCCCAAAUAUUCAAAAUAAAUUGUACUGGAAAAAAGAUUCUUGAACAAGGCCUUAAAAAUGAAUUCAAGGAAAGUAUCAUUUAAUAAAAAUACACAAAA